UCGAACUCAAUUUAUUUCCGGGUUGCUGUCUUUGGGUGACCGCCGCUCACCCAACCUCGCAUUUACGCGCUCGAUCAAUCCCUCUUGCGUUAAUUUCUUGGUUGUGGCUGUAAUGAGAUGAGUUUGGGGAUCAGAUCUGGUGCUCUCCUCUGAUCGAUCCAUCGAAUGCUCCUCGAUCUUGGGCUCUUCUCCUUGUAGAUCUGCUGUUUACUCUUCCAUCGUCGAUGGAGAUCUCUGGCCCUGUAACUGCGGGGCAGGUGUCAUUUAUGCUUGGAAUUAUUCCACUUUUGGCAGCAUGGGUGUAUUCAGAAUUCUUGCAGUACAGGAAAAAUUCAGCACCCUUGAAAGCCGGCAGAAACUCGGACGUCAAUUUGGUUGUAUUGGAUAAGGAAGCAAACAAAGAAGAUGAUCAAGCUGUGUUAUUAGAGAGUGGUCUUCAAGCAGCAUCUCCAAAAGCUUACCAUUUGUCUACCACAUCACACUUUUUAAGGUUCUUUCUGAUGGACGAAGCAUUCUUGCUAGAGAAUCGAUUGAUAUUGAGGGCUAUAUCAGAAUUUGGUGCUUAUUUGCUCUAUUUUUAUGUAUGUGAUCGUACUAAUCUAUUUGGGGAGUCAAAAAAGAAUUACAGCCGUGAUCUCUUUCUUUUUCUCUACUUUCUUCUUAUUGUUGUGGCCUCAAUGACAUCUUUCAAAGUCCACCAAGACAAGUCGCCAUUUUCAGGAAAAUCUAUAUUGUAUCUGAAUAGGCAUCAGACUGAAGAAUGGAAAGGAUGGAUGCAGGUAUUAUUUUUAAUGUACCACUACUUUAAUGCAAAGGAAAUAUACAACGCAAUUCGUGUUUUCAUUGCUGCAUAUGUGUGGAUGACUGGAUUUGGAAAUUUUUCUUACUAUUAUGUUCGGAAAGAUUUCAGUCUUGCUCGAUUUGCUCAGAUGAUGUGGCGCCUUAAUUUUUUUGUGGCAUUUUGCUGCAUUGUCCUUAAUAACGACUACAUGCUGUAUUAUAUCUGCCCCAUGCACACUCUUUUCACCCUUAUGGUCUAUGGUGCACUUGGAAUUUUGAACAAAUAUAAUGAGCUUGGUGCUGUGAUUGCCAUAAAAGUUGUUGCCUGCUUUUUGGUUGUUAUUCUGAUCUGGGAGGUUCCUGGGGUUUUUGAUAUUGUUUGGAGUCCAUUCACCUUCCUGCUCGGUUACAGCGAUCCUGAUCCUUCGAAACCAAAAUUCCCUCGUCUGCACGAAUGGCACUUCCGGUCAGGACUUGAUCGGUAUAUCUGGAUUGUUGGAAUGAUAUAUGCAUACUAUCACCCAACUGUUGAGAGGUGGAUGGAAAAGCUUGAAGAAGCUGAAACAAGGAAGAGAAUAUCAAUCAAGACAUCUAUUGUUACAGUUUCACUAGUGGCUGGAUACUUAUGGUAUGAGUAUAUUUACAAGCUGGACAGGGUUACCUACAACAAGUAUCAUCCAUAUACAUCAUGGAUCCCGAUAACUGUUUAUAUCUCCUUGAGAAACUUUACCCAACCAUUUCGGAGCUGCUCUCUUACCCUUUUUGCGUGGCUUGGCAAAAUAACCUUGGAGACUUACAUAUCUCAGAUCCAUAUCUGGCUAAGAUCAGGAGUUCCUGAUGGACAACCGCGAUGGCUGCUGUCACUCGUUCCUGAUUAUCCAAUGUUGAAUUUCAUGCUCACUACCGCGAUAUAUGUUGCGGUUUCACAUCGACUCUUUGAGUUGACAAACACAUUGAAGAUGGCAUUUGUGCCGAGCAGAGACGAUAAGCGCCUCGCUCACAACGUGAUUGCUGGAAUUGCAGUCUCAGUUAUCUUGUACUCAGUGUCAUUUGUACUCGUCAGUGUUCCAAAAAUGCUGGUAUGACGUGAUACACUGUGUCAAUACUUCAAAUAAUAUUGGGAAAUAUAGCAGCUAUGCAAUCUGUGUAUUGCUAAAAUUUAAAGAGCUUUGGCAAAUACACCUGGCGUGCAUACGAGACAAAGCUUGUGGCGAUAACGUCUAUUUGGAAGAUGAAGCACCAGCAAUCAGGCUGCAGAUUUCUAUAUAAAAGUUAAGCUGUUGUGAUGUGUAUUUUUGUAGUUUCUGUUCCACUACAUCCCCCAAGUUGACACAGAUGCUUCAUAGCAAUUAUUUUGCUCUUUCUUAGUGUUUCUA